AGUGUUGAGUUUUGUAUGUGGAAACUCCUUCCUGUAGUUAGUCUGUUCAGUCCUUCUUCUCUGUCACUGGAGUUCAGAUACACAUUCAGCCACAAUGGCAAGCAAAGAGAAAGCCUCAGAUUUGCUCCCGGAGUACAAAAUGGACUACAAGCGACGAGGAACCGCCCUCAUCUUCAACCAGGAACGCUUUUUCUGGCAGUUAAAUCUGAGGGAACGCCGUGGCACAGCUACAGACAAAAUUCAGCUCUAUGUUUUAUUUCAACAGCUUGGGUUUAAUGUGCAAGCUUUUGAUGAUUUAACCAAGAAUGACAUGAUGGACAAAUUACGAAAAGCCGCUAAAGCUGACCAUAGAGAUGCCGACAGCUUUGUGUGUAUUUUCCUGAGUCAUGGGGAAGAUGGCCAUGUCUUUGCCCAUGAUGAUAAGGUUGACAUUAAGGAAAUAACAGCACUUUUCAGAGGAGACCAGUGCGAAAGCCUUGUAGGAAAGCCCAAGAUCUUCAUCUUCCAGGCAUGCCGUGGUGACAUCACUGACAAUGCUGUGACUGGCAUGGCCCUAGAUGAAAUGCCCAGUGAGGUGGAGGAGGACGCUGCUGGUGUCUACACACUCCCAGCAGGGGCAGAUUUCCUCAUGUGUUACUGUGUAGCUGAGGGAUUCGCUGCCUUUCGCCACACAACGCUUGGCUCAUUCUACAUUCAGGACUUAUGUAAAACCCUGCAACAGCAAGGCUCAACUCUAGAGUUCACUGAGCUCUUGACCCUUGUGAACUUGAAGGUGUCCCGACGCACCCAUAGAAUCAAGAAACAGAUGCCCUGCUUCACCUCCAUGCUCACCAGGAAACUCUACUUCAAGCCCAAAAAGGAGUGAAGAGUCAGAUUCAAAACUAUCUGAUUCUUCAUUGACUCAGUGCUGGAGAAAUGUGGUAGUACUGAGUCUCCUUUACUCAGACCCAACUCUCCCAAAGAGCAUUAAACAAUCAGCAAUGUUUCAAGAUUUGUAUUAUAAAUACAGCAUGUGAUGCAAUAAAUUUUCACGUUUGGUACUGUUAUA